AUGAGUGACGAGAAGCUGGCAGAAAAGGUGCUUAAGCCUUUCAAAGAGGCUCUUCAUUUCUGGCUGGUCGUGUUGAAUAAGCCAUCCGAACUCAGUACACAGAUACCAGCUGCUCAGGUGGAGGAUCCACUUCGAGAGAUCAUCAAACUCACCAAACUAAUAAAGGCACAGACUACAAAAGUCGGCAUUGUCUAUGCACCCAAGAAUAUCCUGAAGCAGUCCGAUGCUGCCCACGACACAGUGGCAGAAUUGUCCAAGACAUUCGUGUUUCUCAUAUCUGCACUUUCACAGCUUUCACCAAAGAAGGUAUCCAGCCUAUUUUACACAGAGGUUGCAGCGAAAUCUAAGGACUUGAUCGAAACGGCUGAAGCCUUCGCUGAAGAAUUGGAACUCAUUUUGAAAAAUACCGAGGAGGAGGAUGAGGAAGCACAAACCAGCGCAGACACCGUCAACCCAAGAUUGCUUUCUGUGGGCAAGAUGUGGCUGCUCUGUGAUAGCAUCGGAGAGUUCAUAGAAAAAGGAAACCUCAAGUUUUUGCAGCUGAAGACCACGCUAAACAUUUCGUUGAUCGAGGAUGGUCUAGACGAGUUCGAGGAGUGGGUCAAGAACCCGCAGGAUAUGGACGACGACGAUCCUUUUGGACUUGAUGACAAUUUCUCUGAUGAAGAGGCACCAGCUGACAACAAGGAGGCAGAAUCCGAAGAUGAGGCCGAUAACGAGGACAUAAUCAAAUUCGGUGAGCUGUGGCUCAAACAGCUCAAGUUGGUGAAGCUACUCUUCCUCUCUAUCAACAAAUCGCUCCCCAGUGUGACGUCUGGCUCUGUUAUUGAUGAGAUCUACGCUACGGAAAACUCAAUUGCUCGUUGUGUCGACAAACUUGUGGUUGAGCUCAUGAUGAACAAUGAGUUGGGUGACGAGGUGGAGCAGCUUGACAAGGAAUUCGGCAAAGCGUGCUCCAGCAUAAUCAGCAUUCUUCGAAGCGUCAACAAGACAAACGAAACGAAGGUCAAGUGGUGUGUUUCAUGGGAAGCAAAGUACAAGGAAUUGCAGGACGCUAAGUACUAG